UUAUUUUUUGGCUUAACCCAACCCAGGUAGGCAGCCGACGUCGGUCACAAGUCAAAUGGUGUAAAAAGCAAACCCUCUCCUCUUUCCCCAAUUUCCCAAAUCACACAAUUCAACUCCAAAAAUCGGUUUUUAUCGUCAUCGUCAUCAAUGGCGGAGCAUUUGGCAUCGAUAUUUGGGACGGAGAAGGAUCGAGUGAACUGCCCCUUCUACUUCAAGAUCGGCGCAUGUCGACACGGGGAUCGGUGUUCCAGGCUCCACACCAAGCCCAGCAUAAGUCCAACAAUAUUGUUGUCUAACAUGUACCAGCGUCCUGACAUGAUCACUCCUGGUGUUGAUGCUCAGGGUCAGCCCAUCGAUCCAAAAGCUAUACAGGAACAUUUUGAGGAUUUUUAUGAAGACUUGUUUGAGGAGCUCAACAAGUAUGGAGAGAUUGAAAGCUUGAACAUCUGCGACAAUUUGGCUGACCACAUGGUUGGUAAUGUUUAUGUUCAGUUCAGAGAGGAAGAGCAUGCUGCAAAUGCAGUGAAAAAUCUGACUGGAAGAUUUUAUGCUGGACGGCCCAUUAUAGUUGAUUUUUCUCCUGUGACUGAUUUUCGUGAAGCUACCUGUAGGCAGUAUGACGAGAAUACCUGCAAUCGUGGUGGGUACUGCAACUUUAUGCAUCUGAAAAGAAUUAGCAGGGAGUUGAGACGCCACUUGUUUGGGAGAUACAAGAGAAGGCGUAGCAGAAGCAGAAGCCCCUACAGACACCGUAGCUAUGAAGAGAGUUCUCAUGGCCAUCGCAGUCACAGUAGGAGGUAUGAUGAUCAUGAUUACCAUGAAAGUCGCAGCAGGAGGCGCAGAAGUACAAGUCCUAGUCGUAAGAGGGGUAGAAGCAGGAGCCCAGGUGGAAGGAGGGAUCGCAGUCCUGUUAGGGAAGGUAGUGAAGAGAGACGAGCUAAAAUUGAGCAAUGGAACAGGGAAAAGGAAGAGGCAGAACGUUCUGACAAGGUCAAUGCUGGUGGGGCUGAUGAUAGAAAUGAAAAUGAUGACAAUGGUGACGUGCAAAAUGGAGAUCAGUACUAUGCCCAGGAGCCACCACAGCAAAGUUGAUAUGGGGUACCGAUGAUUUGAGCACUGGUGGUGUGCAGGUUUACAAUACUGUCUUAAGGAAUGUGAAAAAAUAUGUCAACACUUACAUGCUUUUCUGAUCCUUUUCAACAUGCUUGAUUUGUGUGCUUGACUGCAUGGAAAGGUUAUAGUAGACAACACUACAUUAGAGUUCUCUGAGCUACUAUACACCCUUCCAAAUUAUGUUGUUAUGGUAGUCAUCGUAUUUUUGUGGCUGAUCUGCUCCGUCUCUCUAUGUGAACCCCUUCAUCUUUGCUGCCAUAACUAUUAUGUUUAAUACGCACACCAGCUAUUCAUUUCGUUUUAAAUACGAAACCUAUUUAGGCACCUGUGGUUUUUCAUUACCUGUAUUUAUUGAUAAAGAAACUAGUUUUCUGCCCUCUAUGCAAAAAUCACAAAAUUCUUUUCCAUUCAAUUCAACUGGCGUUCAUUAUAAGCUUGCAAAACAAAAUCUCCAUAAUCACCAAUUUUUUCUGUUUCCUUUUAUCAAUACCUACUUUUUAUGUGGUGUAACUAAUGUGAAUUUUUCACUGAAAUUGAGAAGAUAUGAAACAAUAUGAUGAGUUCAUAUCUGUUAAAUAAGAUCUCAUAAUUUAUUAAGAUUUUUAUCUGACUGGGAGAAGAGUCAUUACUCUUGGAUGCUUUUUCUUGAAAGAAAGUGUGGUGUUCAUAUGGUUUUUAUAGAAAUCUUGCUAUUAGAAACAAAUGAUCUAGGACAUCUUUUUCUGCAUCAUUACUCUGUUAAUCACUUAGGAUGGCUUGUUAUUGAUAUAGUAACUUCUUUCUGAAUGCUGUCGAUGCCUUUUAUCUCAAUUAUUAACAAUUGCAAAUGUCACUCUGUACUACUUGUUCAGUUGCCUUGGAAUUAUGUAACUGGUGUUGAACUUCACCUCUUGCAAUCAAGGUUUUUAUUUUUAAUCUGAACUGGACCAUCGGCAAUUCAUGUCACAACCAACUUGCAUUUGAAGUUUAAAUAAUUACACGUCUCCUUUUUUAUCUGUCAUUGCUUGUUUGCUUGUAUAUGCAAUCAGGCCUAACAAUCAGGAUAGUGAGUUUUCACUGAUCUGCAAAUUUUCUUUCUUGAAGAGACAGUUCUCACUGUAUAUUGAGUUUUGCAGGUCCAGGUUUCCUGCUUAUAAGGAUCGAGAACUCAUUUAAAUCAUGUGUACAGGUGUUUUGGUGCAAGCCAGACAGUUUGGUUUAACAGGAAUUUGUAGGGCAGAGCUGGAAAGGUGAACUCCUCCAUUGGUGCUGGAAGUUGUCGGAUCCCAAUAUCUCAACUCUUUGUUUUCCUUGCAGAAAUGCAGGUUAGAAGCAGCAAUGUAGUUCGUUUGCUUUUGUUGGACAGUUUCAUGUUAUGGUAGUAUAUCUGAUUAUUUUCGGUAUCUUGGUUGAAUCAAUUCGUAUGAACGGUUUAGAAGGUCUGCAUUACGGUCCCAGUUUUAUUUAUAAUAGUAUUUCCUAGAAAACUGAAUAUUCGUAUGACCCAUCUUCAUAGAUACCCUCUUUCAAAAUUCAUAAGCUGAUUAUGGAUGUGUGUCGAAAAUCAAGUACUAGUUUAAUGUUGAAUUGAGCAAGGGCAACCUUAUGAGAUUUUUGCCUUCUAUGCAA